GCUCAGGUUUACACCUGUAGAAACAAGAAACUUUCACUUGGGAGAAUUUUUGAAUCACACCUGUUGGUUUAACUGCGCAGGUAGCGCGCACACUUUCUUUUUAACUCGUCCAAACGUUUUCCAUGGAAACUAAAAUGAGUUCUCUGACGUUUUAUCUCGACACGGACAGAACUUUAUCCUUACGCCAGAAGUGAUAGUGAAUUCAAACCACGGCUUUGAAUCAAAGGCAUUUCUGCGUUUCUGACAUGGCUCUGCGUUACUUCCUGGCCUGUUUGGUUCUUCCCUCCUGUCUCGUCUCUGGAGAGCUUCUGAAGUACAGUCUCCUGGGGCAGAAGGUCCACCUGAAGCCAGACAUCACCGGACACCCUGACGAGAUCCUGUGGAAACACCAAGACAGCACAGUGGUGACAUUUAAUGGGAAGGAGGAACAUGUGUACAGCCUUUAUCAAAACAGAGUCACCCUUGACUGGGUCUCUGCAGAACUUUACAUCACAGACCUCAGACGUGAAGACAGCGGAGUGUAUGAAUUGGAAACAUUGGUGAACAAAAAGUGGCAACGUUUCCGGUAUGAAUUAGAGGUCAUAGGCAAGGUUACCAAACCCAGCGUCUCCUGUGACAUGAACAGCAGCAGCUCUGACACACGUGGAGCCCGGGCGACGCUGACAUGCUCUGCUGAGCCAACACAGCCUCAGUCCUUGAUGAAGUAUGAGUGGGAGUCAAGUGCAAAUAUGCUGCCCGGCCCUGAGUUAACAAUAUUGCUGGAGGAUGAACACGACGAUAAAAUAUACACUUGCAGGGUGAGCAACCCUCUGACUUUUGAAACAACGACAUUCAACGCAAAGACUUGCUACCCUGAUAAAAGUUCCUCAUCCAUACUGAACAUCUCCGAGGGCCUUGUCAACAGCUCCAGGAGAGUCUGA